AGCCGCUCAGGGCUCGAGUCAUCGCUCUGCGCCUGGCCGCCCCAUGGACGAGGAAGACCACAGCGACUUCGUCGGCGCGGAGAGCAGCUGCGAUGGCGAGGGGCGCCCCCUCACCGAUGACCCGCGCCGCCGCGAGGCCCGCGAGCACUCCGCGCAGCGGGCCAUCGUCGCGGAGGAGUGCGUGGACGACUUCAGCGAGUUGCUAGGCCGCGAGGCCCUGCACCUCGAGGAGAGGGAGCUCACGGAGCUGCCCGAGGCCCUCGGGGACUUCGAGCUGCUCGCCACGCUGCACCUGGCGGGUAACCGGCUGGUUAGACUGCCGAGCAGCCUGUGCAGGCUCGGGUCCCUGCGGACGCUGUCGCUGGCCGACAACCGCCUGGAGGGGCUGCCCGAGAACUUCGGCAGGGGCUUCCCGGCGCUCGAGACCCUCGACCUGCACAACAACCACUCCUGGAGCUCCCGGGCAGCUUCGGGCUGCUCCCAGCGCUGAGGUGGCUGGAGCUGCAUGGCAACCGCCUGCCCGCGCUGCCAGAGGGCUUCUGCGGGCUGCGGGCGUUGGAGUGGCUGCGCCUGGAGGAUGACAAUGCCCUGGAGGUGCUCCCGGAGGCUUUCGGGCGCAUUGGUACCCUCCAGCACCUGAGGGCCGGCGGAAACAGGCUGGCGAGGCUGCCGAGGACCGAGUUGCGGCCAGCUGCUGAAGCUGGAGGCCCUGCACCUGGAGGACAACCUCCUGACCGUGCUGCCCGAGAGCCUGGGCCUCCUGGGGUCGCUGCGGUACCUGGGCGUCCAGAGGAACCUGCUUAGGGAGCUGCCGCGGGAGCUGUGCAACCUCCGCUCGCUGCAGACCCUCCGCGUCAGCGGCAACCGGCUGGACGCGGUGCCCACCGGCCUGGACGCCAUGCCUAACCUGAAGGACCUGCAGCUGGGGCCCCUCAACCGCCUCCGCGCCGCGCUGCUCGCCCUCUGGACGGGGACUCACCGGACGCCCGCGGCGGCCAGGCUCGGGACUGCGGCUCGGCGUCGCUGCCGCCGAGGACCUUCGGCACGCCGCGGGCGGAGGC